ACCUCCAUCUCCCGGCAGCGUCGCAGCACCUGCCUCUACACUCUCACUCUCUCUCGUCUCGGCCCGCUGCUCGGCCGAGCCCACGUCGGCGCGUCUCACGCCAUGCCGUCGCUCUACGACCUCGACGAGUGGCUCGCGGCCACGCUGCCGCCUAAUCUCCACGCGCUCCCCGGCAAGAUCCACGACUCCAUCAGCGAGUACACGUCGCUCGUCUACCACUCCAUCUCGCAGUUCGACCCGCCGAAGCUGCCUGACCUCGUGCACUCGCUGCCUGCCGCGUUGCAGCCGGCCCCGCCGCCGCCUCCGCCGCCGCCCAGCACGCUGCAGCGUCUCGGCGACAUGGCGCAGCAGCACCGCAGCGCCAUCUUGUGGGUCAGUGCAGCAGGUGCAGGCUCGGCCGUCGUGGCGACCUAUGCGCUGCAGCGCCGCCAGGUUGUGCUGCGUGAGCCGGAGCUGCGAGGCGGACGGCGCGCAGAGGCAGUCGUCAUUCUUGGUGGCGACACGCCGCUCGGCGCCCAGCUUAGCGCCUCGCUCGCCGCCGCCGGCUUCAUCGUGCUGGCCACUGUCGAGUCCGCGGUUGCACAGGCGACAUUCUCUCGCCAGGUGCGCCCUUCAUCGCAGGGCUACGUCAAGGCCGUCGUUCUCGACCCCUCGCACUCCGAUCCGCAGGGCAGCAUCCGCGCGCUCGUCUCUGCGCUGGCCAGCGCCACCGAGCUGCGCUGGCCGCUGACGAGCGCCGGCGAUCCGUACGCCAAGACGGGCGAGCAUGUGCGCCUCGCGGGCGUCAUCAAUGCGCUCAGCUGGGUGGGCGAGACGAACGCCGACGCCCUCUCCGAGUCCGCCAGUGCCCACCUGGAGCGCCAUGUUGCUCUGCCGCUCGACGCGCUCACGGCACUGCUGCCCAUGCUGCGCACGCCCGGCGAUGCCCGUGCGGCCAGCCAGCCCGUGACGCUCAUCUCACUGGUGGCGCCCGCCCCUGCGGCACCAGGACCAGCAGCUAUGGUGCGCGCCGCCGUGCUCGAGGGCAUGCGAGCGCUUGCCGGCGCCACUGCUUCGCGCAAGGGCGCGCGUCUGGCCCGCUUCGCGACGCUUCAGGUCGCGCCCGUGUCGUCAGAGCUGGUGUCGCAGCCUCGCACGCCGCAGCCUCGACGCACGACCAUCAACGCGCGCGGCGAGCCGCUGCCGUCUCGGCACUCGAGCGCAGCGACGCCCUCUGCUGCCGACGACGAGGCUUCACGCCUGGCAGCCCACUGCUCACGUCUCAUGCUCUCGCCGGCCUCUGCGCGCAUCGCAGCAUUCUCCGUGGUGCGCUCCUCGCGCGGUUUCAUGCUGCACCGCGCUUUCUGGGAGCAGACGGUCCAGCUGCGCAGCAUGUCGCUGCUCGACGUGCUGCGUCAGUCGCCCAGCUUCCUGCUGGGCACGUCUCGCUCCUUUGCUGCGCGCAUCUAUAGCUCGACGUAUAGUCUCGGCGAGCGCAUCGGUCUCCUCUCCUCUCGCCGCGUCGGCGGACCUGGUGCACCUGCUACGCGCAGACCGGCCUUUGGACCGGGACCGGGCCCCGUCAGCAACUCGCACAGUCGUACAUCGAUCGGGCGCAACCUCGCGACGAAUGCGAGCUCGAGCACCAUGGCCACCCGUCGUCCCUCCUCUUCCAGCGGCACGCGUCGUGCCGCGCGUCCGCGCUCGGCACACAGUGCCACGAGCAGCGGCGAGGAGCAAGACGCCUCGGGCUCCUCUGCCGGCGGUGCCGCUGGGCUGGAGAGCUCCGGCCUGCUGAGCUCCGUGCCUUCGAGCGCGUUCGGCGAUGGCGAUGCCUCGAGUCCGCCGCUGAGCUCGCGCGGCAUGAGCAGUCCUCCGUGGGGCGCCACUGCGACGCCUCCAAUGCGCGCCUCGGACGAGACAAUCCACGCUUCGGACUACUCGUACGAGGAAGGCUCGACGCCCGGUGCUAGUCGCGUCGUCUCCGGCUCCGGACCAGGCGCAAGCUUCGGCUUCGAUGCACAGUCCUCAGCGUCGUCUCCGUCGAUGGAGCACGUCGAAGGCACACGCUCCGAGCACAGCGCCGAGGGCCCAUGGAUGGGGCCGCCGUCGCGCGAGGCAGCUUCGCCGCGCGUCGCAGCCGUGCGUACGCCGGCCGCUGACGGCGGCGCUGCAAGAGGCUUCGACAGCCCGCUCGGACAGAGCUGGGUCAAGCUCGGCGAGAGCCAGAGCGGUGCUGCGCCGCAGUCGCCGUCGGCUUCGCGCGCCGAGUAGCUCGGUACAUGCUACGUGCGCAGUGCCCGGCUAUGCUGCAUCGCAUGAGCCUCGCUCAUCCUAUCCGUCCGACCCUCGUCUGCUUCAGGUCGUUCCGUCUCUCUCCGUCGUCUCCAUGUGCUUCUUCCGCUGUAACCCGUCCGUGACCGUACAUGCUGCCCUCCGUUCCGCGCCGCUCCUCGCUCCUCCAUAUCCUGUAUUCCCAUCGCCCACGCCCGUUUCAAGCUAUCCCCGUUCACCGAUGUGCAG